AAGAAUCUUCUUCUUCAUCUCCCAAAACUUGAGUCUUCGCACAACACAAGUAUCUAAUAAGAGCCAAGCAAAACCAAAACCAUCUUCAUAUAUUUUUUUUUGGGGGGGUUGUCCAAAAUUACAGCUUUGUCCUCAACAAUGUCGACAACCGCCGAAUCCCUGACCGCGACGCUCCGGCCAUGGCGCGACUUCCUGGACCCAACCUCCCUGAGCCUGCCGCCGUCUCUCUCCGACGCGACCAGCCGAGUCUCCCAAAACCUAACCCACUUCUUCUCCAACUACGCCCUCGUCAUCCUCCUCGUCCUCUUCCUCUCUCUCCUCUACCACCCUCUCUCCCUCAUCGUCUUCCUCCUCAUCUUCGCCGCCUGGCUCUUCCUCUUCUUCUCUCGCACCGAACCCCUCACCGUCUUCGGCCUCUCCCUCGACCAACGGCUCGUCGUCGGGGUUCUCGCUGUCGUAACCCUCGUCGCACUCUUUUUCACUCAGGUCUGGCUCAACGUCGUCGUUUCGGUCCUCAUCGGCGCCGCCUUGGUCUCUCUCCACGCCGCACUUAGGGGCACCGACGAUCUCGUGCGCGACUCUCCUUACGGUUCUUUGCUCCCGGAUAGUCCAAGGGGAGCCUACACUGGUGUAUGACUUUGAAUCUUUGACCCUUUUGCGCUUUUAUUUUUUUUUGGGUUAUUGUAGGCUUACAAUGAAUUGAAAUUCGAAAAAUACACACGCUUUGGUGAUUUUAUUUUCAUUGUAGUAUUGGGAUUAUGCUUUAUAGUCUUGACAAUUUGUGUAUGAUAAUUGGCUCUUUUCUCA